AUUUUUUAGUUUAGUCUCAGUGAAGCUAAUCAAGCGGAGAGAAAAUGAUGGCUACAGAUGAUUCAGUUAACCCCAGAGCUUACCCUCUUGCCGAUGCUAACUUGACAUCCCAGAUUUUGGAUUUGGUACAGCAGUCCGUGAAUUACAAACAGAUCAAGAAAGGUGCCAACGAGUCAACAAAAUGUCUCAACAGAGGUAUCGCUGAGUUUGUCAUCAUGGCAGCUGAUGCUAACCCAAUUGAAAUCCUGCUUCACAUCCCCCUUCUUUGUGAGGACAAGAACAUCCCUUAUGUCUUUGUUCGCAGCAAGCAAGCACUUGGACGUGCAUGCGGUGUGAGCAGAGCUGUUGUAGCUGCCACUGUUACCAUCAAUGAAGGAAGCCAGCUCAAACCCCAGAUUCAAACCAUCCAUGGGGCAAUCGAGAAGCUGCUCAUUUAAGAUCGGUUUUAAUUUAUCCAAUCAGAUUGUUUUUAUAAACCUUUUCUGACUACCCGAUGAUUCUAUCGGAGGAGGGAUGCCGGAUUUUUUACUGAUGUAUUCGUAUUCCUAAUUUAUUUUAAUUUAUUUUAACAA